AUAAUACGUUCGUGCGAAAAUAUCUUUAAUCCUUAAAAAAAAAAAAAAAAAUCUUUGAGUCUCCCGAGUUUCGUCAAGAUGCGGACCAAUGGGAACCUCUCUUUUAACCCGAUGUGUUUACAGCAUAUAUCCUACGUGGCAACCUCAUCUUUCCUUUUUAACUUGUCAACGGACAGAUCUAACUUUUUAAAUCUUUAAUUACAGAACCUGAGAGCGAAACUUUGACGAAGCUCUCGUACCUUCCUAAACCUGAAAAGAUAAGAAAAUCACCUAAAUGGUUAAAAUCAUUUUUCUCUUCAAUAAUUGUGAAUAUACAAAAGCAAAGAGAAUUAAUAUACGUCUUUGUAAAUACGAAAAGAAAUCAGAAGAUGCGUGUUAAACGAGUAUUAACUUUUAAUAAAAUAAAAUAAAAAUAAAAUAUACGGUGGAAUCGGAUAAAUAGUUAAGAGAUUCCGAGAAACUUGAAAAAAUAACUCAAAGCAGCAACGAAGAAAAAAAAGAGAAAACAAAAAAAAAAUGGCGUCAAAGGGGUGUUUCAAUGGAAUCCACAAUAUAAAAAGGGUUCAUCCUCUGUUUCACUCUCCCACAUAUCGAUUCUCUUCUUCUUAUUCAUCAUCUUCUCUUUCAUUGAAAUCAAAACCUCAAGCUCGCAUUCUCUCAUCAAAGCUUCGUCUGUCUUCUGGUAUUGCAUCUUCACCUUCUCUCUCUUAUAUUCACUAUUUAGAUUCCACGUCUAACAACUUUUUUCUCGAUACUCCAUGUCUUGGAUAUAUCAGGCAUUGUUCUUCAUCUUCUCGACGGUUUCAUUUCUAUUCACAUAAGAGAAGCGACGCGGCGAGGAGUUACAUAGAAGAAGAGAUGACGAUUAAACCGGCGGUUCGGGUUUCCGAUGGGAAUCUAAUCAUCAAAAACCGUACGAUUCUAACCGGUUUACCAGACAAUGUCAUCACGACGUCAGCAUCCGAAGCCGGACCGGUCGAAGGAGUCUUCCUCGGAGCUGUAUUCGACACGGAACAGAGUAACCACAUCGUACCGAUCGGUACGCUUCAAAAUUCCCGGUUCAUGGCUUGUUUCCGGUUCAAACUCUGGUGGAUGGCCCAAAGAAUGGGCGAAAUGGGCCGAGACAUCCCUCUAGAGACUCAGUUUCUAUUAACCGAAUCAAACGACGGGUCCCACCUAGAACCUAACGGCGACCAGAAACUCUACACCGUCUUCUUACCGUUAAUAGAAGGCUCGUUCCGUUCGUGUCUACAAGGAAACGUUAACGACGAGGUGGAGCUCUGUUUGGAGAGCGGAGACGCGGAUACCAAAACGUCGUCGUUUACCCACUCUUUAUAUAUUCACGCCGGCACUGAUCCGUUUAAAACUAUAACGGAAGCUAUCCACGCCGUUAAGUUACAUCUCAAGAGUUUCCGUCAACGUCACGAAAAGAAGCUCCCAGGGAUCGUUGACUACUUCGGGUGGUGCACAUGGGACGCGUUUUACCAAGACGUUACUCAAGAAGGCGUGGAAGAAGGGCUCAAGUCUCUAACCGCCGGAGACACGCCGCCGAAGUUCGUCAUCAUCGACGACGGUUGGCAAUCCGUCGAGAACGAUGAGAACCCGGUCGAGACGAACCCGGUUUACCGGUUAACCGGGAUAAAGGAGAACGUGAAGUUCAAGAACAAGGAAGAAGGGAUCAAGAACAUAGUGGAGAUAGCUAAAAACAAACACGGUCUGAAAUACGUUUACGUGUGGCAUGCAAUAACGGGUUAUUGGGGCGGGGUACGACCCGGGGAGGAAUACGGGUCUUCCAUGAAGUAUCCGAUGGUGUCGAAAGGUGUGGUGGAGAAUGAACCGACGUGGAAGAGUGAUGUUAUGGCGGUUCAAGGGUUGGGUUUGGUUAACCCGAAGAAUGUGUUUAGAUUCUAUAAUGAGCUUCAUAGUUACUUGGCUGCUGCUGGUGUGGAUGGUGUGAAGGUGGAUGUGCAGUGUAUAUUGGAGACUUUGGGUGGUGGUUUAGGUGGUCGUGUGGAGUUGACACGUCAGUAUCAUCAAGCUCUUGACUCCUCUGUUGCUAAGAACUUCCCUGAUAAUGGUUGCAUUGCUUGUAUGAGUCAUAACACAGAUGCUCUCUACUGCUCCAAGCAAGCAGCUGUGAUUAGAGCAUCAGAUGAUUUCUACCCACGUGAUCCGGUGUCACACACCAUCCACAUUGCCUCGGUUGCAUACAACAGUGUCUUCUUGGGAGAGUUUAUGCUGCCUGACUGGGACAUGUUCCACUCCGUGCACCCUGCUGCAGAGUAUCAUGCCUCCGCUAGGGCCAUUAGUGGUGGACCUAUCUACGUUAGUGAUGCUCCUGGAAAACACAACUUUGAUCUUCUAAGAAAGCUUGUGUUGCCUGAUGGUUCCAUCCUUCGUGCUAGAUUGCCUGGUAGACCAACCGUUGAUUGUUUGUUCACAGAUCCUACUCGUGAUGGUGUCAGCUUGCUUAAGAUAUGGAACAUGAACAAAUACACUGGAGUUCUUGGCGUGUAUAACUGUCAAGGAGCAGCUUGGAGUAGCACAGAAAGAAAAAACACAUUCCACCAGACAGGCACUGAUAGCAUCACUGGCUCCAUUCGUGGUCGUGAUGUGCAUUUGAUCUCUGAGGCCUCCACUGAUCCAGCGACAUGGAAUGGAGACUGUGCUGUUUACUCACAGAGCAGAGGUGAACUCAGCGUUAUGCCAUACAACGUGUCUCUACCUAUCUCGUUGAAGAUCCGUGAGCAUGAGAUCUUCACAGUGAGCCCUAUUAGUCAUCUGACUAACGAUGGUGUCUCAUUUGCUCCGCUUGGUCUUGUGAACAUGUACAACUCGGGAGGAGCUGUCGAGGGACUUGGAUAUGAUGGUGAGGAGAUGAAAGUGGUGAUGGAAGUUAAAGGAUGUGGUAAGUUUGGAGCUUACUCAUCGGUGAAGCCUAGUAGAUGCGUUGUUGAGUCAAGUGAGAUAGCAUUUGACUAUGAUGUCUCCUCUGGUUUGGUCACUUUUGAGUUGGGCAAGAUGCCUUCGGAGACCACAAGAUUACAUGUGGUUGAAGUUCAGUUCUAAAAAAUAUUAGCUUGCAAGAAUGAUUCAAACAAUAUUCAUUACAUGUAAACGGUUUGGUAAUUGUUGUAGCUACUUUUGGUGUUGUAUUGGUGUAUUCAAUAUAAUUACUGGAGUAAUUUAUUUUUUCAAUAAGUUUAAG